UAUAAGACGGCGCAUUUCCUUUCCUUUUCCUGUGCACGCGAUCCAAGGACUAGCACCGUUUUCUUUUCCCUUCGCCACAGCUAUCUGAUAACUAUUCCAAGGCACUGCAUCGAUCCGAAUACACAUCCAACACUGGCUGGACUGUUUGCCGACUCCAAGGAUCAUGCCUAGUCAGGACGACACGAUCGACUGGGCCAAACACAGGAAGAUCCUCCGGCGACUGUGGCUCGUCGAAGACAAGAAGCGAGAUGACAUAAUGAAAUUCAUGGCUGAGAAUUUCAACUUUCGGGCAACCCGGACCCAAUACGAUCGCAAGUUCCGAGAAUGGGGCUGGAGGAAGAAUCUAAAGAGUCAGGAAUGGAGGAUCAUCGGGUCUCAGAUUGCGCAGUCCAAAAAUGCCGGGAAACUCCCCAGCGUGUAUAUUAACGGCAUGUUGGUUCCGGAGGAAACCGUCUGGAGGUCGACUCGGCGUCAUGACUUCCCGACUAUCAAAGAGCGUUAUUGUCCAGCCCCCAGGCCUAAAACACCAGGAGGGGUCUAUAUAUGCACGCCCCCAGCUCUAGCCAGCCAAUCCUCCUUUUGGGACAACACUCCAUGGAUCCAGUUCUUACGCACAAUCAGCGGAAACGAAAAUCCUUUGCCAAACCUGGGCCGGCUCGCCGCAAAUUUACCCGACGUCGUUCGAGGGUUUUUGACACCUGUACCAAAUUCAGUAAGGUGGUAUCGUGCGAGUGAGCUUUCCUGGAUACUGGACAGGGCCUCUAGCUCGCAAAUAAGCCCUCGCCUCCCUGAAAUGUCCGCGAUUAUCAAGUCUUUCCAUUCAGACCUUCGGGCACUAUUACCUGACGCUGGUCCACUAGAUCAGAAUAGGAUGUCCACGGAGUCUGGACCGAUCGUCGUGAAGGGAAUAACAGGAGAUUACAUCAGUCUUUUCGUUUACCUUGUGUCAAACAACAGGGCCGGGAUCUUCACCAGUGCGGAUUUGAUUAGAUCCAUCCAGAAUCUGCUUGGUGCUACGCCUACGAUAAUCUCAUAUUAUAGUCAACCACCUACCGUCCAAGCGACGUUGGAACAUCUGCUCGCCCAGGCUGUUAAGGAUGGAAAUACACUCCUUGUCAAGGAGCUCCUCCGCUGCAGAAUCCCGGCUGAUGUUAAUGUUCGCGGAAAACGAUCCCCCGACGAAACGGCUCUUCAACAUGCAGUAAGAAUGGCCUAUGGGGAUAUUAUACGACUGCUACUCGCAGCCGGCGCUAAUCCAGAUGCACGGCCGUCCGGCCAGAAAACAGCCCUUCAGGUUGCAGUUGACAACGGUGAUAUCGAGGUAGCCCGGGUACUCUUGGAGGCCGGCGCAGAUCCCAAUUAUACUGGAAAAAUCAAUGAUACUCAUUACUCUGAUACGGCUCUCCACCAUGCUGCAUGGCGCAUGAAUACCCCAAUGGUUGAGCUGCUUCUCCUUUCAGGAGCUGAUAUCAACUCCAUUGCGGAUGUGCAAGUAACCACAGCUCUCUAUUGGGCCGCGGGGGCCGGAGGCCUCGAUAUGGUGAAUCUUUUGCUGAAGCAUGGCGCUGAGCUUAACGACGACCUCUCCGAGAAUUUGCCGAUUGCCGGAGCAGCAAGAUCAGGAAAUAUCGCUAUUGUGCAGCGUUUAGUAGAGGUUGGUGCAGACGUUAAUCUGGCCCGGGGUCCGUCGGGUAAGACUGCUCUUCAGGGGCCAGCUGGAUUUGGAGGAACUUUCGAGAUGGUUCGGGUUCUAUUGGAUGCAGGCACGGAUGUUAACGCUCGUGCAAGUUUUCGAGUUGCCACAGCACUACAGUCUGCAGUGUGUUCGAAUAGAAUCGAGGUGGUCCAGAUCAUACUCGAUCACGGUGCUGAGGUCAAUGCCCCGCCUGCUAUACCUGAAUGA